AUGAGCAAUAUUCAAUUCCUAUCAUGGGCCGAGCAAGAGACUCUAUUCAACUUAUCUUGUGCUGAUGCGGAAACCUGCAGUCAAUUAUCAAGCGUGGACAAUCCACUUCCUUCUCUACAAAGGUCCGAGUCCGAGCUCGGCACAAAGAAAAUGGCCAUUCCGCGCCUUGCCGAAGGUACGGAAUCGGCAUUCACCUCACCUGGUAGAUUCCACCGUCGGCAUGUUCGUCGAGCAUGCGAGUCCUGUCGACAGAGAAAGACCAAAUGCACCGGUGAUAAGUCUGGCUGUCGCAAUUGUCGAGAGGCCGGCAUCAUCUGCUGCUACACUGACGGAAAAAGAGAGAAGUCGAAACGUCAACUAGCGAGCCUAUCAUCAAAGGUGCAGGCGUAUGAAGAUGUCAUCAAAAAGCUGAGCAGCCGAUUUGGCGUAUCGGAUGAACAGCUCGUGAACAUCGCUCUAGCAGUGGAUUCGGCUUCUGAGCUAACUCUCAAUCCCGAUUCUGGUUCCGCUUUGACAGGAGAACGCCAGACCGCUCGUGGCUCUGGAUCGGAAAAACCACCGGAUCAGCCUACAGUCGGCGAUCCUCUCGAGUUCAUCGACCACACAGAGGAGGACUUCAACAAAGACGAGACCACUCGAGCCACCGGAUUCAUUGGAAGAAGCUCCGAGAUUGCAUGGCUUCAGAAGCUUAGCAAAGAAGUCAACAGCGAGUGUGACGGAUGGCCUUCCACUAUCUCCACCAAGGAUGAUGAGAAUGGUCUGCCAUCACCCACUUUGACUCCUCGGCCCGACGAUCCAAGUGAAUUAGGGGUAGCAUCUACCAACUACUAUCUCGAUGACUCGGAUGUAUCAAUCACGGAGCAAGUUGACACCUAUGAAGUACCACCAAGGGAAACAGCAACCAAAUUGCUUAACACAUAUCUGACCUCGGUGCAUCCGUCAUUCCCGAUUAUUGGAAUUCUCACAUUCGUCUCGCAGUUUCAGGUGUUCUUCGGCCAGCCAUCUUUGAAGCCUGGAAAUAAGUGGCUGGCCAUCCUCAACUUGAUCUUUGCAAUUGCGGCCAAGCAUGGCCAGUUGACGGAGAUGGAUUGGGGGGAUGAAGAAGAAGAGGGAGAAGAUGGCCACCAGUUGUAUUUUGCGCGAGCGAGGAUUCUCAGCAUGGAGGAUCAGCUCUUGCAGCAUCCUGAUUUGCAGCAAUUGCAAGUUGAAGGUCUUGCCUGUUUCUACAUGAUUGCAUCUGGUCAUAUAAACCGAGCCUGGAAGCUGUGUGGGAGUGCUGUCCGUGGAGCAUUGGCUCUUGGCCUACACCUGCGCAACUUGGGAUCCUGUACUUCGGACAAUUCCAAGGAAAUACGAUAUCGCGUCUGGUGGUCAUUGUACACGGUUGAACAUCUCCUCACUGUCAUCACUGGACGUCCAUCCUGCAUCAUAGACAGCUCGUGCACCACGCCUUUGCCUGUCCCAUUCGAUGAAAGCGAUUUUCAAAAGGAAGAAGUGGCACAUAUGAUCAGUGCUGCUGGGCGAGCCGCGUCUGAUAGUCUGGAUCGAGUGCCAUUCAACAACAGUGCAGCCAAUCUGGACUCGAACACGGACGAUGACACCUGCGACAGUCCUGUAGAGUGCGAGACAAAGAUGACCAGAGCCGAAUAUCUGAAGAGUCUUCCGCCAUGCAUGUCACUAUAUUUCUUGCAGCUAACCUCCUUGACAACCGUCGCCAAGCGCACGACAAGCAAGCUAUACAGUCCGGAGGCACUACAGUCUCCCUGGGCGAGUACGGAGUUUACGAUCCAAAGCUUGAUGCUGGAUAUUGACACUUGGUUCAUGAAUCUACCCUCCGCCUAUGACUUUACCUCGACGCAGACGCAAUGUCCUUUGGGUCAGCGGAUGGGACUCGCUUUCCUGUUCUAUAGUACCAAGAUCGGCAUUACUAGACCUUGCUUGCGCCGACUGGAGGCUUCAUCACAAGAGGGUGAAAGGGCACAUGAGUUCUGCAGCAAGACUGCAGCAGAGUGUGUCGAGUCAGCCUGUCAUAUGCUGACUCUAUUCCCGGAUACUCCAGACGCAGCUCUCCUCCACCGAAUCACACCCUGGUGGUGUACCCUCCACUACCUCAUGCAAGCUUCUACCGUUCUUCUCCUAGAGCUCUCGUUCCGAGCACAGCAUGUCCCAGAGAAAGCAAGAAUGAUCUCCAAAGCCGCCAAGAAAGCUAUUGAUUGGCUCUCGACACUAUCAAAGAUGAAUAAUGCUUCUAAGAAAGCCUGGAAGCUCUGCGAUGGAUUCCUUCGUCGUCUUCCCCCAGACCUUGGGACCGACGUUAACGAGGUCGCCGAGCAAGAAUCCUCCGCGGGCUCUCUGCUAGACGAGCCUGAGAUGGCCGAGUCCGAUAUUACCGGACCUGAAAUUUCCAAGCUAAACGUAAUGUCCAAUGACCAAGCCGUGGACGACUUCGGCUUCGGAGCCUCGGAGAUCCUACCCAUAAACGCAGCCGAGAUGGAUACCAUCACGGCAGAGAUGGACUCAAUUGUCUGCUCACCGAUGGAGCAGUCAGGAACUUCCCCUCUCGGCAUUCCAGUGCCCUGCAGCUUUGACCCUCCAGAUAUGCUGGACCCCUUCAUAAAACAAGAGAAGCCAUCUUACGAUGAUUACUUCCCCUACGACCCGGCCACAGGCCAGAUCACAGGGUCCUUCUUCCCACCCGGACCCAACAUCGAUCUCGACCUGGGCUAUUUCUACGGCGACGCCGUGUGUUAA